AUGGGAUGUCCUGUAUGUGGGAAAAAUACAGAUAGUAUGUGGCUGAGUAAUUGCAGGAAGCACGUAUAUAUGUCACAUCGGAAAGGUCUACCACCGAGACAUGCUUAUCGAGGAAAGAAAUCAUGGUUUGAUGGUAAAACCGAGUAUGGGAGAAAGGGUAGGAUUCUGAGUGGGCGUAACAUUAGCCAAAUACUCAGAAACUACAAGAAUGAAUUUGGAAAUGUGAAAGUAUCUGGAAAGAAGAGGAAGAUGAAAGAGGCUGUUGGAUCUGAGUCAAAUACAGAUGAUGAAUCCAGUGAAUCAGAGGAAGAGGAAGAAGCAGUAGAUGAGGAGGAGCUAUCUAGAUGGAAGAAGAGGUCAAUAUUUUUCAAGUUGCCUUAUUGGGAGGAACUUCCAGUGCGACACAAUUUAGACGUGAUGCACGUGGAAAGAAAUAUUGCUGCAAGCCUAAUCGCAACAUUGUUGCAUUGUGGAAAAUCAAAAGAUGGUCUUAACGCUAGAAAAGAUCUGGAACUGCUUGGCAUCAGGAAAGAUUUACAUCCUCAACCCCGUGGGAAAAGAACUUACCUUCCUCCAGCACCUUGGUCUUUGUCCAGCAAAGAGAAGAAAGUAUUCUGCAAGCGUCUCUUUGACUUUAGAGGUCCGGAUGGUUACUGCUCAAAUAUAUCAAGGUGUGUGAAGAUAGAAGAAUGUAAGAUAUCAGGAAUGAAAUCACAUGAUUACCAUGUGUUGAUGCAACAGCUUCUUCCGGUUGCUAUUAGAGGGUUAUUACCUAAAGGUGUUAGAAUAGCUAUUGGACGCCUGUAUAUGAAAGUGCUGAAAGACUUCGUAAGAAAUCCUGCAAGACCAGAGGGUUGUAUUGCGGAGGCGUAUCUCGCAGAGGAAUGCGUGAGGUUCUGCAGUGAGUUCUUGAAAAAGACAACAAGUGUUGAGGAGAACACUGAUCGUAAUGCUGAGUUUGAGAGCAGCUCAAUUCUAGAGGGCCGUCCAAUAUCCGCAGGAACUUCUUGUGUUCUUUCUCAGAAGGACUUGAACAUUGUACAUCUCUCUGUGAUUCAGAACAUGGCAAGCGUGGAACCUUAUGUAGACAUGCACCUACAACAUCUACAGGACACUAAUGAGAGAUGUAGACGUGAUGCAACAACAUUAUGGAGAACCCAUACGCAGAAAUUUGCGACUUGGUUGAAAGAGCAGAUACCAGUAACUUCAGAGGAUCACGAUGAAACACUGAAGUGGCUGGCCUAUGGUCCUAGGGCAAGCUCAAGGUCUUUUAGUGGCUACAUCAUCAAUGGUCUGCGGUUUCACACCAUAUCAGUUGAUAGACAAACUCAGAACAGUGGUGUUCUGUAUGAGGCAACAGCAAUGUGUCGUUCUAGUGCAAAAGACACUUCUCAGAUAGUUGAUUUAGUAAGUUACUAUGGCAGAGUGGUGGAGAUUAUACUGAUCGACUACAACACAUUCUACAUUCCUGUUUUCCGCUGUCUAUGGGCAAACAUAGGAAACGGAGUGAAGGUAGAAGAUGGUUUCACACUAGUCAACCUGAACCAAAGCCAAAUGGCUUUUGCUAGAGAUCCAUACAUCCUCGCCUCACAAGCCAAGCAAGUAUUUUAUUCCAGAGUAGAUGAGACAUCCACUUGGUAUGUAGCUAUGAGAGGUCCUACAAGAAGAUACACUGAAGAAGAUUGUGAAGAUGGUCAUGCAGAUGUUGGUCCAUUGCCAGCAGUUGUAGCUAUGGAUGAUGAUGACUUGGUUGAUGAUAGUAGAAAUGCUCGGGCUGACUGUGAAGGAAUUUAUGUCUGA